CGCGAUUGUAUUAUUAUCGACAUAUCUAUCAAUUAAUCAAUUAAAUUUAUCAGCAAUUGUGAUAACACGAAUAAAUACUUUUACCUAUACUUCAAAUAAUAUUCCUGAUAAUAGUAUAGGAAUCAAGUGACCUCAAUGAUUUCAUUCAAUAUAAGUUCAUCGCAUGCUAAGGCUUUAUCGAUUUUCAUACAUUUCAAGCCCCUUUUAUCGAGUUCUCCAAUUCAGGUCAAUGUGUGUGUCGAUUUUCACCUGUUCAAGGUUAUCUAUCUCCGAUUGUAUGAUUCCAGAAUGAUGUUGCCUCACGUUUCGAUAUACAGUUUUUCAUUCGAUCCCCUUAAACUCAGCUGACAAAAGCAGAAGCCAGGAAGAGAAAAUCUUUGCGUAUAAAUCGAUUUUUCGUAUUGUGUCUUCUCGCAUAGCGUCAAAUUAUUUCAAUUUCCGUAUUAGAAAGUACUAAAAACCGCUACUCAAUUGCACCGAUCAUAGAAUUUCAUAAAAUAUCCUACAAGAAGUUCCGUUACAUGGAACAUCUGUUACGAACUACAUUACAGAAUUACAUCAAUCUCGCACACCAUAAGGCGCUGAACGAUGAUCGGUAAACACGUUCCAAAGCCCGUCGGAUAAAAAGUCUGGUUCAAGGCGGCCGAUACUGUAUGCAGGAGAUCGCGAUGGCUCGGUUAGUGGCCAGGUAAAAUUCCUGUUGAAUGCCAGGUGAAAUGUCAGUCGAUGCACCCACGUGAUUCGUGACGACUCGAGCCGGCUGUCUGUUCGCCAGCACACGGCGCGAUAUUAAAAAGCUGUCGCACCACUCUCGUUCCAACUUGCGCCGAUUAAACCACGGCCGCGCAAUAUUUGAUCGUGGAAACAUUUGCUGACCGAACGUCGAUAUACAUACGCAUAUGUGGUAAUAUACCGUUAGAGCCGAUCAUUAUUGCGAAUUAUCCAGCUAGCUUGUUAUAUACCUUGUAUUAACUAUUUUGCACUGAGAAGCACCGAUUGUUCUUUGCUUUUUGUCCCGUGACAACUGUUCGACAUUUUUCCUUUCUGAGGUCCAAGCAUUUAUAAUGCGCAUCUACUUGUGAGUCUGAAGAACAAUACCAGCGUGACAUGGAGACAAUGGAUGAGUGGAUCUGUGACCAGGACACCCUUGGAUACGACGAGGCUUGUAUCAACUUACGCACAGAAGAUUCGAACGCCUGGCUCUACCUGCUUUCCGCGGAUUGCGCGCUGUGCCCAUAUACUAGGAUCAAGCAGAUCGUAGUAAACUGGACUUCCAGCGUGACAAUCGAUACUAUUCGAUCCACGAGCUUGAGAGUGUUGGAUGCCGAGGAUCCCAACGAAUUUAUAUCCGCUAAAAAUACCAGCGACGUGAUCUGUGAGCUGACGCCGAACCUGGGACAGUUCGGUGUGUACGAACUUUCUAUAGUAAAUCGAAGCUGCGAUAUAAAGGUUCUGAAUGCGCCAACGUAUCCUUAUACAGAGCUUCUUGUUAUUUUUGGAGUAUUGUUACUCGUUCUAUUUGGUCUGUCUGGCUUGAAAUCACUGUGGCACGUAUGCAGGAAGAAAUAUAUGAAAAGUCAGGUGGAUGAUGGCGCUAUGAAGCAACCCGCGAAACGUCGAGUGAAGGCGAUUGACACGGUGCGGGGGGCCAGUACGUUGUUGAUGAUAUUCGUGAACGAUGGAUCGGGUGGUUAUAGGACUCUUGGUCAUGCGACUUGGAAUGGAUUGCUUCCAGGAGAUUUGUUGUUCCCUUGCUUCAUAUGGAUCAUGGGCGUGUGUAUCCCCAUAGCGAUGUCCAGUCAGAUGAAGCGCAUGACACCGAAACGCCAGAUAUUAUAUGGAAUCGUCAAAAGGAGCAUACUUUUAUUUCUAAUCGGAUUGUCUCUGAAUACGGUGAGCACAGGUGGCCAGCUUGAAACCAUUCGCAUAUUCGGUGUUCUGCAACGAUUCGGUAUAACUUAUUUCGUUGUUGCUCUGUUAUAUUUCCUUUUAAUGUCAAGAAGACCAAGCAAGAUACAAUCUCCAAUGUUACGAGAAGUGCAAGAUUUUCUUCUGCUUCUUCCUCAAUGGUGCGUGAUGCUCGUGAUUGUGGUCGUUCAUUGCGUCAUAACAUUUUGCUUAAACGUUCCAGGAUGUCCCACUGGAUAUCUUGGUCCCGGUGGUCUUCACGACGACGCGAAAUACUUUGAUUGUGUGGGCGGUGCAGCAGGCUACAUUGAUAGAGUGAUACUUAAAGAAGCUCAUUUGCACCAUUCAGCUACGGUUUAUAAAUCUGGACCGUACGAUCCUGAAGGAAUUCUGGGUACCCUUACAGCGGCGUUUCAAGUCUUUCUUGGCCUACACGCUGGCAUAAUCAUGAUGACUUACAAAGACUGGAAAGAACGUGUAAUCAGAUGGUUAGCAUGGGCUGCGUUCUUCGGUUGCGUAGGAUGCGUUCUUCAUUUUACCAACGUAAUUCCCGUCAACAAGAAAUUAUGGUCACUGUCAUUCGUAUUCGUAACCACGUCUUUUUCCUUGGCUUUCCUUUCUGCUUGCUACUUGCUCGUAGAUGUCGUCAAGGUGUGGAACGGUGGACCUUUUCGUAUUCCUGGUAUGAAUGGUUUACUGCUGUACGUUGGCCACAUGGUGUGCUAUCAAAAUUUCCCUUUCCACUGGAGCAUCGGUAGCAUGGAAAGUCGAGCACUGCGUUUAUGCGAGGCCAUUUGGGGCACUGGAUUAUGGUCAAUUAUUGCAUACGUUAUGCAUGCAAAACGCAAUUACAUCAGCCUAUGAUAAUAUACGUUCAGCAAUCUUCUACAUGUAUAACAGAAAUUUUGUACACGAUGCUUAAAAAGAAAAUCAAAGGUUGCUGUCUCAUUUAUUCAUUUUUAUUGAAUGAAAGAUGAUCGAAAGUUGUUACAAAAGGCAGCGAGGAGUAGAUUGACUCGAAAUGAGGUUUAAAGUAAAUUUUACAGAUGAUUUAUUUUGCAUAACUUACAUAAAUAUAGCACAAUGAUUGAUCGAGGUAACAUGAUGGUAUUCGACUCGAAUACACUUCGCGUUGGUUCCUUUUUAUUUUGAACGAAGAUGGCGAAACAGGGAAUCAUCGCGACCAGGUGACAAUUAUUUUCAAUUUUGAAACCGAAAAACCAGUCGUGUGAUUCGAUUCUCUCAAAAGAUCUUCGUCUUCUCACAAUAUGAGCACACCGUGGGAUUAAGAGGGAAGAAUAAGGGGAAUGACAGAAAAGAUAAAACGAAACCUAUACGGGGCAACAAAUACAAUGAGGUGACGUGGGAAGAUCUCAGGAA